GAAAUAUAUUUUCUGAAAUUAGAUACACUUUUAUUAAGUCAACUACACGUAAUGCAUUUAAAUAUAUACAUUUACGUGUGAAUAUUAUGUUAAUAUGCCAAAAAAAUAUAGUUAUACAUGAUUCGUAAUUUAUGAAGUCGACAAGUCAUUGCUUUGUUGAUAUUGUAUAUUCCACUGCAACCCUGUGGCUAAUGCAUUCAUACGCGCGCUUUUCGCCUUAUCUCGAAUUCUUUUUUCGUAGUUAUUCGUAAUCUUUUUCGUUGUGGCAUUUUGACGUCUUUGUUUUGUGAAAGCAUUCGCGCCGUUUUGGCAAACGCUCGUCCCCCCUGUAUAGAAUGUCUAAAUACUGAAUACUUCUGCUUUUUCACACACAAUUUACGUUGCUUUUUUCACGCAAUUGCGUUUUCCCCCACACGUUCGUAACGAAAAUUCAGCAAAAAGAGUAAAAGUACCUGCGUGGAAGGCAAAACGAGAGCAACGAGCAGAAAAUUUUCAUUUCUCAUUUUCAAGUGAAUUGCAUUGUUUUCUUUUUGCAAAUUAUAAACGUGAGUCACACUUGCCACAAACCGUCACCAGCGAUAUGGAUAUCAUGGACAUACAAGCUGUAGAGUCCAAAUUGAGUGACGUCACAGUGACCCCAAUACCGCGUUCACAAGUACAAAAUUUCUACAAUUAUCAGCAACAACGAGAGCAGCGCGAACAACAACCUCAAAUACAAAUCUCCGCCAUUCACCAUCCACCUCGUGAUCGCAGUGGCGGUGCGAGUUCCAGUUCAUCAAGCGCCACCACGGUGCUUGACCUGCAUCACAGUGUGCUCGGCGGUGGUGGCAGUGGCAAAAGUAGUGGCAGCAGCGGGCGUGAACUGUAUAGUAAGCGUGACCGUGACUAUCAUCAGCAAUCCACAAGCACCUCAGCUGCUGCCGCAGUUGCAGCUCUACAGUACACACAGCAAUUGCAAGCGCAAUUGGCGCUGCUGCAACAGCAAUCGAAUACUAUCGCCUCACCCGCCUCGACGCAACGUGCUAGCCAUAGUAGCGGCACUCCAAAUAGUAGUGGUCGCAGUAAUGCUAUUGGUAGUGGCAGUAACAUCGGUGUAGUUAAUGUUGGAAACGGUGGUAUGAUUGUCGGUGGUGCGCUGGACGUUAGCAGCAAUGCAGCGGCGAUACUAAGCGCUGCACAAUCGCAACUAAAGUACCCACAAUCCACGUCCCCCGUCAUAACUACACAAACAUCGUCCAACAUAACUACGCCGAUGACUUCCACGGCCAAUUUGCCUACGGCGGGCACGUCAGCGGCCAGCAACGGGCUGAGCAAGUAUGCCCAAUUGCUGGCAGUGAUUGAGGAAAUGGGACGUGAUAUACGACCCACAUAUACAGGUUCACGUAGUUCAACUGAGCGUUUAAAGCGCGGUAUUGUGCAUGCACGUAUUCUGGUGCGCGAGUGCCUCAUGGAAACAGAACGUUCAGCGCGUCAAUGAGACAUGGCGAUUGAUGAAGACGGCGGCGGCAUAAGAGUAAACGACAGCCUUUGUCUGGGGAGCGAUGGGUUAACUGCCGAUAAUAGUAUGGACGGAAAUGACGUAAACAGUGGUCGUGAUGGCGCCGUUAAAUAGUUUAAUAGUUAGUUAGGAUUUAGUUUAGUAUAAUUAUGAUGUGCGGAUUUUCAGUGUUUACGAAUCGAUGAGACAGCUCAACAUUUGUUUUCUUUAUCUCAGCACGUAUUCAUUUCAUUCUUACUUGAAUUGAUUCUUUAUGUCUGUUUUUAUUGCAUGCAAAUAAUUUUUAUAAACUGAUAAAUGAAUUUGUGAGAAUUGUGUACUGUCAUCAAAGGAGGAUAAGUGGUUAACAUAGCCUUUUAGCUUUACAAAAGCGCGAUCGUUCAUGUUUCAUUUCGUACAACUUAUUAAGUUUUCCUCUUUUAAUUAUUAUUAUACAAUAGUUUAAAUACAAAUGAAUGUUUUAAUUUAUGCUUUUAAAAUAAUUUAAAUAAAUUUCAACACAAAGUUUUAUUUAAAA